CUCCGCGGGCGGAGGGGGCGGAGAGAAGCCGCAGCUGCAACUUCGCCUGGAACCUGUGAGCUGGGGCUCAGCCGGGCUCAGCCGGGGACCGAGCCGCCGUCACCGCGGAGCCGCCGCUCCCCCGGCCCGCGCCUCGGCCCAGCCGGCUCGGCCAUGGCAGCUGCCGCUGCGGAGAAUCUGGCCCCUGCGGUUCCUUACUGUCGUUGAAGAGCCGUUAACCGGUCCGCCCUCCCGCGGGGUCGCCGCGGCCCGGGCUCCGCACAAGUUUCCGGCGCCGAAGAAGCAGGAGGCAAAGGCGGGGAAGGACUGACGUGGGGAGUCGGGCGCCCCCAGCCCCCCGGCUCUCCCGCUCGCGAUGUGGGGCCGCCUCCUAGCCCCGGAGGCCAGUAGCCGGGACAGCCCCGGCGGAGCCCGCAGCGUCCCAGCGGGCCCAGAUUAUUCUUCAGCAUGGUUACCUGGUAAUGAAUCAUUGUGGCAGGCCACAACUGUUCCAUCUAACCACCGAAAUAACCAUAUCAGGAGACAUAGUAUAGCUUCUGACAGUGGAGACACCGGCAUUGGAACUUCCUGUUCUGACAGUGUGGAAGAUCAUUCAACUUCAAGUGGUAUAUUAUCUUUUAAGCCUAGUCGAUCAUUAGUUACUCUUCCUACUGCCCAUGUCAUGCCGUCUAACUCCAGUGCUUCAGUUUCUAAACAUAGGGAAUCAUUGAUAUCAGGUGGCUCAAAAUGGAGUUCAAGCCUCAUGCAAACAUUGGGAAACCACAGUAGAGUUGAACAGGAUUCUUCACUAGACAUGAAGGACUUCCAACCCCUUCGGAAAUGGUCAUCUUUAUCCAAACUCACUGCCCUGGAUAACUACAGUGAGGGUGUCAUUAUACACACUGAAGAGUCAAGGAGUGGACUGGAAAAGACAGGGAGGGGCAAGGCUUUGACAUCACAGCUAAGGACAGUGGGGCCCAGCUGCUUGGAAAUGCUUAAGCUGGAGGACAAGGAAAUAAAUAAAAAACGAUCAUCAACUCUGGACUGCAAAUAUAAAUUUGAGAGCUGUAGCAAAGAGGCCUUUAGAGCUUCUUCCUUCACUCUAAGGAGACAAACCUCAGACAUGACACACAGUGCCUUACCUGAAAGUAAGCCCAUUAGGACCAGCUCAGAUGCUUUUGAACCUACGAAAUACUUAAUGCUUGGUCAACAGGCAGUAGGUGGGGUUCCAAUUCAGCCUUCCGUGAGAACACAGAUGUGGCUUACAGAACAGUUGCGGACAAACCCCUUGGAAAGCAGAGCUCCAGAGGACUCUCAAAGCUCAGCUCCUUGGCAACACCAACAGAUUGAAGAGUUUCAGCAAGAAAGUGAAAUACCAAUGCAGGUGUUGACUGGAUCAUCUCAUCAAAGUUAUUCACCUUCUGGCUAUCAGGAUUUCAGUAAGUGGGAAUCAGUGCUGAAAAUAAAAGAAGGACUACUAAGACAGAAAGAAAUUGUAAUUGAUCGGCAGAAGCAACAAAUUACCCACCUACAUGAGAGGAUAAGAGAUAAUGAAUUACGGGCACAACAUGCCAUGUUAGGGCAUUAUGUAACUUGUGAGGAUUCUUAUGUGGCUAGGUUACAGCCACAAUAUGAGAAUACUUCACUCCAGACUGAAUUUUCUGAUCAGUCAGUGUCCCAUUCCCAGCAAGAGGACCUUGAGCAAAAGCUAGCGUCUACUGAGAAAGAGGUUUUACAACUCAAUCAGUUUCUCAAACAAAGAUUAAGCCAAUUUAGUGAAGAGAAGAAGAAACUGGAGGAAAAGCUUAAAACUAGAGAUAGAUACAUCAGUAGCCUGAAAAAGAAAUGCCAGAAAGAAUCUGAACAAAACAAAGAAAAGCAGAGAAGAAUUGAGACCUUGGAAAAGUAUCUGGCUGAUCUCCCAACUCUAGAUGAUGUACAGAGUCAGAGUCUAAAGCUGCAGGUUCUAGAAGAAAAAAAUAAGAAUUUGCAAGAGACUUUGAUAGAUACAGAAGAAAAGCUUGAAGAGAUGAAAAAACAGUGUCAAGAGAAAGAGGCACAGCUAAUAUGCAAGAAAAAAAAAGAAAAGGAGUUGGUAACAACAGUUCAGAGUUUACAGCAAAAAGUAGAAAAAUGCCUUGAAGAUGGAAUUCGCCUUCCCAUGUUAGAUGCAAAGCAGCUUCAGAAUGAAAAUGAUAACCUGAGAGAACAAAAUGAGAAUGCUAAUAAGAUAAUAGACAGCCAACAAAAUGAGAUUGAUAGAAUGAUUUUAGAAAUUCAGUCUAUGCAAGGGAAACUUUCUAAAGAAAAAUUGACCACUCAAAAUAUGAUGGAAGAGCUGGAAAAGAAAGAAAGAAACCUACAGAAAUUAAGAAAAACAUUGCUUGAUAAUCAAGGGCAAACAGAAGAGACAUGCUCUUUAUUGGAUCAGGGCCAGGAAGCAGACCAAUCUAGGCAGCAGACAGUUCUCUCCAAGUGGCCACUAUUUGAUUUCAGUGUGAUUGAUCAGCUGUUCAAGGAAAUGUCUUAUUGUUUGUUAGACUUAAAGGCAUUAUGUAGUAUUCUUAAUCAGCGUGCUCAGGGCAAAGAGCCUAAUCUUUCAUUAUUACUGGGAAUCAGAUCAAUGAACUGUUCAGCUGAAGAGACUGAGAAUGACCAGAACCCAGAAACACUCACUAAAAAACUGUCCGAUGUGUGCCAGUUACGAAGGGACAUCGAUGAAUUAAGGACUACGAUAUCAGACCGCUAUGCUCAGGACAUGGGAGACAACUGCAUCACCCAGUGAUCAAGUGUUGGUCCCACAGCAAUAAUGAUGCUUUGUUAAAUGCUGCUGUGUUACAGUUCUUCAUAUUUCUUUUUAGGACCCAUAAUGGAAAGUUGCCAGUGACAUAUGAGUUACAUGUAGGAUUUCUUUUUCUGUGGAUUUGUUGUGGGUAUAAAAGGAAUAUAAGGAGAUUUCAAAGGGGCUUAUCUAAUCAGGCCAAAAAACUGAAUUACCAUUUGAAAAAUGUGAUAAACUGUAUAAAAAAAUUCUGUAUUCUCAAACUACUGAUUGUAGGACCAAGCUGUGAAUAGUGCCCUUCAGUUAGAAGGGUAGGAUUUCUUUUUAUUCUAUAGUUGUGUGUGUGUAUGUGUGCAAGUGUGUUUAUUCAUAAAAUUAUAAGGAUUUUUAGGGUGAAAGCAAAGCUUCUGAGAAAAGGCACAUACUGUUUAUUCUUGUAUUUCUUUUCUUUCAUGUAGAAGCUUGUGUUGUACUUUGUCAUUUUCAAGGGCUGGCUGAGCAAGAGUUCAAACAGUAGGCAAGUGUUCUAAGGUGGUAACAGCAAGGCAAAACCUUUGUAUUUUGAACAACCAGUGUGCUGAGAUGAUGAGGCUGUGGGGUUGGAUUGAUUUUAGUACUGUAGAUAGGUCAGCUAUUUUUCCAGAAUUAUUUUGGAUUGCCUUAGAGGUGUGAAAUUUUAAUGUGAUAAUCUUUCAUUAGCAUUGUAAUUUAUAUAUUACAAGAUAAUUUAAGAUAAUUUGAACUAAUUUUAGUGUAUCCUUUACUAUUUAAAAUCCUGUAUUUGUAUAUAUACCAAUGUAAACACAGUCAUAUAUAAUUAAUGCAAACCUUGUAAGGCUUCCUAUCAGAUGGUAAAAGAUUAACAAAGUGACUCUGGAACAAUAGCUUACUUAUCCAAAUCUCAAAGGUUUACAUUUUAGCAGUUUGUUUCUGUUUUAAAGUUGAGACUACUUUAAGAAAAAGCCAACUUGAAUUCUUUAUAUCUGAAUUAUCACUAGCAUAAAAACAAAAUCUAAAUCACGUGAUCCACCAAUUCCUUUUAUUAAGUAAAGUAAAUUAAAAACGGUUUCUUCUAGAAUACGAACUUGGCCAGGUUAGUUCUUUUUGGGUACAGGAUAUCACUAUGAAAUGCAAUUGAAUUUUAAGUAGACAUAGAACUAUUUAAGCUUCGAGAUGAAUAUUUCCCUGUUUUUGUUGAUAUUUUGGAAGGACUAUAUAUUUUAUUGCCUUCAGAGCAUUCAUUACAUUAUUUUGACUGUACUUAGUUAUGGCAGUCAAUGUCCUUUACAAAUACGUUUGUUUUCUUGAUGCAACCAAAUCUCAUUUAGGUCAAGAUUAAAUAAAUGGUAGAAGAAAUAAGGGAUGUGAGUCAAACAGGAUAAUAAUUGUUUUGGGCAACAGCUUAUCACAUAUCUGUUUUCUUGCCAGGCUUGUAUAUUGGUAUAAAGGUUAUUCCCAGAAAAGAUUUUUCUUAAAUAUUUUCAGCAGUGAAAACAUAUGUGGGAUAAAGCCCCAAGGAAACUACUCAGGAAGACAUUCUGUUCAGAAUUUGGCUUAUAUGCAGUGCUCGAUAAGUCAUUUAUAGUUACAUUUCAUCCGUUAAAAUAUACUGUAAGAACAUCAGACUUCCCUCUGUUCAGUGCCUGAACUCCCUGCUUUUCUCAUUAGGAUCUGGGCACUAAAAAAUCAGUGCACUGUUGUGAUUCUGUAUACCAACAUCCAUAACCAAAUAAGGAGGGACUUUGCCACUGGUAAGAAUUCGACAUUCUGACAUGUUCCUUUGUCCUGUAAUGUUGGUGGUUUGAAGACAAUCAGGGAAUAGUAAAUUUGUACCAGAAAUCUGAUGCAAAAAAUUCUGCCUUGCAUCAAAUUAAUAUCUGUAAAAAUGAUUGUGGAGUAAAUAAUAACAUCUGAAAGAGAUAAACCACAUGUGCAGUACACUACCUUUUUAUACUUUCUUUGGAUAGAAUCCCUUCCCCCAUUCCAGUGUCCAUAAUUGUGGAAGUAAGGCACCCUAAAAUAAAUAGUACUAGUUAAUGGGCAAAUAUUCACUUCUUUGGGUCACUACGUCUGUACUUAAAUGUCUCCUAGGUUUUUAAUGUAUGUUUUAGGAUUUUAUGGUUAUUGUUUUAAACAAAUUUUUGGUCAUUUGUUUUGAUCUAUCAUAGAUAAUUUUUUUCCGGCUUAGUUAGGAUAAAAUAACAUUUGAUUUUUUAAUAUAAGUUUUCUAAACUUCACAGAAUUUGACUUAAUUCACAUAUCUUUUGAUAAAAGUUUUUAACAAGAAAUUGACAAGCUACUGCUGAUGUAUUUCAGUUUCCAUGAAUCAAAAAGGAAAAUGAGAUAUAGUUUAACUAAAACCUUCAGUUACAAAAUGUAAUCUCCUGGACUCUAGAGUUUAUGAAAGGACCUAGUUAAUACAUAGACAGUCUUGGGGGGCAGUUUUGAGGGAAAUGAAACUAGUAGUAGUCUAAUCUGUUAGUAUUUAACUUUGAUUUUGAUUUUUCAGAAAAUCCCCCUUUCCCAAGACAACCUCCUGUAUUAGAAUAUAAUCAUAUUGGUAUCUUAUCGAAAACAAAGAUUUUACUGUUGGCAAAGUAACAUGGGCAAUUAGAAACAUGACAGGGUCUUGUCCUAGUUUGAACUAGGAUAUUCUUAGGAGUUAUUUCAAUGAUAUAUGUCUGAGAUGAAAAUCAACCUAAAUUUUAAAGUAAAUCUAUUUGAAAAUGUCCUUAUUAGGAAGUAUCUCAUUCAGUAUUGACAUUGAUUGUUGGUCUUCUGGGUUUUGAAGUUGAACUUGCGCUGCCUUGGUCACAUUAAAGCAGGGAUAAAGUAACAGUUGUCUCAAUAAAAGAGCCAAUCGCCUGGGCAUUUAAAAUUAACUGAAUCAAAAAAGGGAUGACAUUGGUUAAACUGUUAGUAAAUUUCAGUGGCCUCUAAUUUUAAAAAGCUUAAGUAUUAACCAGGUAAUUCAUGGCUGAUUCUUUUUUUUAAAUAAGUGUGGCCCCUUUAUAUACGUGAAGUAGGAUUCAAUAUUUAAUGUUAACAAUAUUGACAUUUAUUUUGGUUAUGACAAUUAAACUGAAUUAGACUCCUUUUUAUUAGCUUAUUAGAGACAAUCUCAAGGGCUGGAAAGUGUUGCUAAAAUAGAUGUACAUUUUUGAUAUACUAAUGAGCUUAUAAACUAAUUUUGUCAUAGUUUAAGACAUAGGAUUCUCUUAGAGGAUAUUUUGAAAGGAACUACUUUAUUGGGAAAAUGUUCUUUCAAUAUCCAUAAUAGUUGAUUGAAUAACACAAUGGCUGAGAACUUGAACUAAAUUUUUACAUAGCAUAGUUCAGCUCAGCACACCUUUAGUUUGGACUAUUGGCAUUUUAUGUAGAUUUCUAUCAUUAUAGAUAUAUGAUUAUGGUAAUAAGCAGUUCUCAUAGUCAUAUUCACCCAGACUAUGUCAUUUGAAACUGCCAGGAGCUGUAUCUCUCAGAGACAAAGUUAAUUCAUUUAGUUUCCAUUUUUGACAAUUCUUCUCAGUAUUCAGAAAACAAAAAAAACUAUUUCCUAUUUGGUAUAAUUUACAGCUUCACCUCAAAAUGUCAUGGUGGUGUAUUGCUGUGUGAUAAUAUUAUACAUUAAUUGUGUAAUCAUGAAGGGGGAAAGAUUUUGGGUUUUUGGAUUUUUUUCAGUCAUUAACAACACUAUUGCAGCUGCAUACAGAGAGAACCUUUUGUGCCUUUUUGCCUAUAGUAAGUAUUCAUUUCUAUUUUACAUGAGCUAUAAGAAUGUUGAUUAUUGCACCUUGUUCUUCUGUAAAUAGACCUGAUUAAGGAUUUUUUUUUUAAGCAAGGAGCGAUUUUUCAUUACUAGGUAGAUAUCAUAGGAAGCAUGAGAGGAGGUGUCAGAUACAUGUCUUUGGAGCCUGUGUAAACAGGGAACUCCUAGGAAAUGUACUCUUCUGUGUGUGUAUAUGUGUGUAUAUACAUGUAUAGUUAUUUAAAUACAUAAACAUAAAAUUCGGCAUCACAUUGGUGUGAUGAAAAGUAGUAAGGUGCUAGGUGGUUACAUUAAAAGCACAGCAAAGUGUAUAAUCAGUCACUGUGACUGGUGGUUUUUGUAAACUAGGUUCAGUUUUUGAACCAACCAGAGUACCUCGUGUAAAUACAAUGGUCAUGACUUAAUUGAAAUACUGUUAUUGUAAAAAAAAAAAAUGUGAAGCCACUGGUUGGCUUAUGCCUUCUAAUCUAUCAUUCUUGCCUCUUUUUUUGUAAAGGGGUUGUUUUUCUGUUUUGUUAAUGGGUUUACAGCUAGAAUUUGAAUGCCAAAGUUCUAUUUAUUAAAUUUAAAAAGUUUCCAAUGUUAAUGGCUAAGUAUUUUUCCACUGGACUGUUGUUUGUUGAUGUUGGAAUUUGUAUUUACAGAGAAAUAAAUUUUUAUAAAAA